AUGGACCUGGCACUGCGGGCUCAUUCUGGAUGGCAACCUGGGGGGGUGGUACGUUCUUUGGCAGCAGCUCCAGUCCAGGCUCCUGAGGGUGGUGGAGGCCGCAUCUGCCCACUGCAAGCCGAGACACAGAGACGUGGCAACAUUCGACGAGCACUUGAGUUCUGUGAAGAGGAACUGCCUGGGCUGCCCUGUGAGACUCUGUGUUCACAGGGGCAUGGACAGAGCAUGACCGUGACUGCCACCCCUGACCCUGUCUCUGCCACUUCCGUGUGCUGCCUGUGUCCCGUGGAACCCACAGUGGGGAUGCCAUCACCCCAUCUUCCACAGGUGCAGCUGGUGGCUGAGGACGGGAGCUGGGUGUACAUGGUGGGCAUGGCGCACUCAAGUGAUGACAGCAAGAAGGAUAUGGUGAAGACCAUCUGGGAGGUGCAGCCCAACAUGCUGAAGAUUAACAAGUGUACACUUCUGCAUGUGGCCAAGGAGAUCAGCCUGGAGAAGCUGCAGUAGGCCAUCAGGCAGAACAGGUUCAUGUCGGGACUCAUGCAGAUGCUGCUGCAGAAGGUGUCCACCCACAUCACUGAGAAGCUGGGCAUGGCCCCUGGAGGUGAGUUCAGGGAAGCUUUCAAGGAGGCCAGCAAGGUGCCUUUCUGCAAGUUCCACCUGGGUGACCAGACUAUCCCUGUCACCUUCAAGAGGGCCAUUGCCACCCUCUCCUUCUGGCAGAAGAUCAAGCUGGCCUGGGGCCUAUGUUUCCUGUCAGACCCUAUCAGCAAGGUUGACUUGGAGUGGUGCAAGCAGGGCCUGCUGGAGCAGAUGAUGGCUGAGGUGAUCAGCGAGUUCCCUGACCUGCACUGCACCAUCGUGUCUGAGCAAAAGGAUCAUACACCAUGA